AUGUUUUGGCUCAUAGUCAACCUGCUUGGGCUUUUGCUGUUUCUCAUCAUCUUUCCUGUCAUGUGCGACGACCAUUCGAGAGCCCUACGGGGACCCUUGUCGAAGGGCUGGUACGCUCUCUUGAUGAUGGUAGCGGGACUAGGCAGGGGCUACGAUCUGGAUCUGGACUCACAGUCAUCGAUCAGGUCCGUUGCAUCGGGCAUGGCUGAAGAUAUGAUGUCCUUCUACAAAGGCAAUGAGCCCGGCCAGACACCUGGCCUUCUCCCAAAACCAUACUACUGGUGGGAAGGCGGUGCUCUCAUGGGGUCACUCAUCGACUACUGGUACUACACUGGUGACACUAAGUGGAACCAAAUCACCCAGCAGGGUCUGCUUUUCCAGGUCGGUCCCGACGACGACUACAUGCCUCCGAACCAGACAAUGACCGAGGGCAAUGAUGACCAAGGGUUUUGGGCCAUGGCCGUCCUCUCCGCCUCAGAAUAUAAGUUCCCGGACCCGCCUGCCCCAAAGCCGCAGUGGCUGGCCCUGGCACAGAACGUAUUCAACAGUCAGGCCGCGAGAUGGAACACUGCCCAGUGCGGUGGUGGGUUGCGGUGGCAGAUCUUCCAGUGGAACAAUGGCUAUCUCUACAAGAACAGCAUCUCUCAAGCCUGUUUCUUCAAUAUGGCAGGCCGCCUAGCCCUCUACACCGGCAACCAUACCUACGCGAUGUGGGCAGAUCGUAUCUGGGACUGGAUGGUCGAUAUACAGUUCCUGCACGACGACUCGUACUACAUCUACGACGGUGCGCCGGUUGAGACCAACUGCACCCAGGUCGUACCGUACCAGUGGACAUACAACGCGGGAGCAUUCCUGCAUGGCGCCGCAGCGAUGUACAACUUCACCGCCGAUAUUGAUCCAGCCGCUGAGGUCCUUUGGAGAUCGAGAGUCAAUGGGCUUCUCAACGGACUGCGCGUGUUCUUCACUGGCCCAAACAACGACAUCAUGACUGAGGUCGCCUGCGAGGGUGUCCACCUCUGUGACAACGACGAGUUGAGCUUCAAGGCCUACCUCGCCCGUUGGAUGGCCGCCACGACGAAGUGGGCUCCGUGGACUUAUAGCACCAUCAAACCAUUGCUAGCGGCAUCCGCUACGGCUGCAGCAAUGCAGUGCAUGGGCGGAGAUAACAGCCGGAUGUGCGGACAUGUGUGGGCGAACAACAAGGGGGAAUGGGACGGCACCACAGGAGUGGGACAGCAGAUGGCCGCGAUGGAGGUCGUUCUAGCGACGAUGAUCCAGAGGCUGGAAUCACCGGUCACGAAUUCGACGGGCGGAACGAGUACUGGGAAUCCAGAUGAAGAAGAGUCCGGUUUUGGGCAAGUAAACGCCUUCUCUACGCUCAAGCCAAUGAAGCCGAUGUCGAAAGCGGAUGAGGCCGGCGCAUACAUUCUCACAAUUCUGGCUAUAUUGUUCUUAGUGGCAGGUAUGGGGUUUAUGUUUUAUGACGAUGAAGAGGGCAGGAAUGUUGGAGAGAGAUGGAAGACUCUGAAAGAUGAUAUGAGGCCAGGAGGGGUUUUGAGACCAAUCGAGGAGAAGCAAUCGAAGACAGACAAGGGCAAGGAUAGAGGCGAUGGCUUUGAAGAUGUCAACCUGGACGGUCCAUCGACUCCUGCACCAAAGCCAGAUCGUGUGCAGGAGUCGCCCACGAGAUCCGUCUCUUUUUACGCGAGUCCAGAAGUGAGGCCCUCGCUGACGAUAUCGCGAAAAGACGAUUAUCCGGACCAACAGCCGUGGAGGAGAGCGGCACGCCCAGGAGACUAUGCUGGUGCUUUCGAUCCCAGUCGUGGGAACGGUGCCGGUUUCGGCAUUUCUGGUGCCCCGAUGGAAGAUGUUCCUCUGGGCCCAUCUACUGCUGGUGGCCGCUCCGAUGCGUCAGGACUGAAAGACUUCUGGACUAGGACUGGAGCUGGAGCUGGGCGAGCGCUGACAGACAAGAGGCGGAGACUCGAUUGGAAGCCGCUGCCAGGCAAGCCUGGGCUGGGCAGGAAGCUGGGAGAACAGGGGUUGGUGGAUAGGAAGCUUUAG